CACUAUGACAGUUUCCGUCAGUUUCACUCGCGAGUCGUAAGCGCGUAGAACAAGCCUUUUGUCGUUCCCAAUUUCAGUUGAAACGAGAAUUUCAUUAUUUGAAACCGUCGAUCGAUAUCGAUGACUAUAUCAAAUAGAGGAAGGGGGCAGUUUUUUAGAUAAGUACAAAUUGUACUUGCCAUAGUGAAACUUUGACGUUUCAGCUCGAGGCCCAGCGGAGAGCUCGAGCGGCAGCUCCGAAAAGUUUGUUGUUGUCACGUGACGUGAGACGAAUGUGGCGAUAAAAGUUUGUUUAGAUUGUAAAACUAGGCGACGUACUACAUUAUCCAAAUCCACUGAACACCGUUUCACCACAAUGCCUCAACCAAAAUAUCGAAAGAUUGCUGUUAUUGGUUACAGGUCUGUAGGAAAGUCAUCUCUUACAAUACAGUUUGUGGAAGGACAGUUUGUUGACUCCUAUGACCCCACCAUUGAAAACACCUUUAACAAAAUGGUCAGCGUGAAUGGCCAAGACUUCAAUCUCCAGCUGGUUGAUACAGCUGGACAAGAUGAGUACUCAAUUUUUCCACAAUCCCACUCUAUGGACAUCCACGGCUAUGUCCUUGUGUAUUCGGUGACUUCCAUGAAAAGUUUUGAAGUUGUGCAGGUUCUACACGACAAGCUGCUAGACAUGGUUGGAAAGAUUCAGGUCCCAACUGUUCUUGUAGGGAACAAAAAAGAUCUCCACAUGGAAAGGGUUAUCAAGCCAGAGGAGGGAAAGAAACUUGCUGAUUCCUGGGGUGCUGCAUUCAUGGAGUCCUCAGCCAAGGAGAAUGAGACUGCUGUGGAGGUUUUCAAGCGGAUCAUUUUGGAGAUGGAGAAAGCUGAUGGAAAUGCAGCCCCAGAGGAGAAGAAGUGUGCUGUGAUGUAAACGUGUAUCCAGGACAUCAGUAAGCUCAUUUGCUGAAGACAGGAGGCACAACUUCACCGGCUUGCCAAUCGUGACCUCACAGACACCGAGACACUGCAGUGGAACUUUUCUGCUCCAUUGUAAUACCAGAUUGAUUUACAUAGCAGGGCAACUGCCCAGACAGUCGAUAAACUAUCCCACUCGUAACCAGAGGCAGAAAUUUAUAAGAGCAAGAUUAAUCUGUUUUAGACAAAGAAGCACCUUCAGUGAGCAUGUUCUUUAAAUAUUGAAAUGUAAUCUAUGACUAGGCAAAAUCUUGAUUUUGAGUUCAACCAAAUCCUCAGAAAACAAAAGAUUUUCCAAUUGCAUUAAAUUUUUUCAUGAACGUAUUCUGGUAAUUACUACUUGUAAAUCUCAUGUUUGAGGCAUCAUUGGCUUAUGUCUCAUAACUCGAAAGCUAAUGUAAAGUUAAUGUACAGUGAAUGACUUUUUUUUAGGAUGAGUAUAUUAUUUCAGCAGACCUUUUUUGACAGUGAUGCAGAGUCACUGUUCACAUUGCUUUAAAUGUGGUGUUAAAAUGUCACUAUUUCUCACAAAUGGUGGAUUUCCUUGAACACCCCGAAAUGAGUUUUCUGAUAAGAAAUUUCACUGUGGUUUCACAGUUCUUCUCACUGUAAUUUUUAUCAACUCAUCUUCAGGUACUGUUCUCCAAUGAACUCUUGAACUGUGUCUUCAUGACAGAAGAAUCUAUUUGUAUAUUUAACAACAAACAUUUUAAGCUUUUCUGCUAAGCAGAUAGACCUCUCUCAUUGUUUCUACAGUUUAAUUUCUCCUUACGGACCAUAAUAAAGCUGAUAUCUUAUGGACAAACCUCAGAAACUUAGUAUAGAUUGGAACAUAUCAUUGGUAUUUACCAGUUAUGGCCUUUUUUAUACAAUAUAAAUAGAAUCUUAGAAAUCGGUUUGAUACUAUUGGUUAUAUCUUGAGUGAUGCAAGUUUGCUCUCCCUUCAGUAUGAUAAGUAGAGUAUAUGCUUAUAAGCGCGUUAUAAUUAUGAACAUUGUUAAGUUGCAAUUUUUAAAUUGCAUUUUAACACUGCAUAAGACCAGUUAAGUGGCUGAUGGCCACAGAGUUAGCUUAGUAAUUUUUGAACUCUUGGUUUUGAUUUGAUGGUUCAUGCAGGCUGGAGAAAACCGAGCCCAGAUGGCAUGCAGCCCAUUUAAUUGAUAUUGUGGACUGGCAUGAUCACUGCCAGACACUGACUUAUUUUUCUUAGCUUGUGUAGCCUUACAGAAACACAGACUGUGGAUUUUCCCCCACAAUCCUCAUGUUGUGCCUGUAGUGGGUAAUUGUAACUUUUUAUCAAGUGCUUUGCUGAGUAAGUAGUUGACUGAUGGAUGAUUGAUGAUGGUUGAACAGAAGCUGGUGAUGCUGUGUCUUGUGCCUUACAGUUCUUCAAACUCCCUCAUCUGCCUCCCUUCAUGACUCAAGGUGCUCUUUAAAAGUUUUUUUUCCUUCUGUUGACUUGAUACCAAGGGUGCAGGUGGUGGUGUGCACCUGAAAACCAAUAUUCCCUUAUGGGUCAAUGUUAAUUCAGAAAUCUUGCUGUAAACAGUUUUGUAUAUAAAUAAAUCUGUUACUCAUUUAA